ACAGAGGAGAAUGUCUGGCAGAGGCAAAGGCGGGAAGGGGCUCGGCAAGGGCGGCGCCAAGCGCCACCGCAAAGUGCUGCGCGACAACAUCCAGGGCAUCACCAAGCCGGCCAUCCGUCGCUUGGCUCGGCGUGGCGGCGUGAAGCGCAUCUCGGGGCUCAUCUACGAGGAGACUCGCGGUGUGCUGAAGGUUUUCCUGGAGAACGUGAUCCGCGACGCAGUCACCUAUACCGAGCACGCUAAGAGGAAGACUGUGACGGCCAUGGACGUGGUCUAUGCUUUGAAGCGCCAGGGACGCACACUCUACGGUUUCGGCGGCUAAAUUCCAUUUCUGGGACAAAUCAUUUUCAGAACACAAAGGCUCUUUUCAGAGCCACCCACGCUUUCAAAAAGAGCCUG